GAUAAAAUAGGAGAUAUAUAUUUAAGUUUGGCUUUUUAUUUUUCUGGAAAAUUUAUAAAAUAAAAAAAGAAGAUGAUCACUUACGUCAUACAUAUAAGUUUUGAACAGAUAAAAUACGUAAUAUUCAUAUCAGAAAUUUAGUAUCUAACUAAACAUUCAAAGUACAACGUCGCGAAACAUGUAGGUAAAUAUUUUCUCGAACAGUUCGUAUAUAGUAGAAAGAUAUAGUCUUUUUGACGUACAAUUUGGAAGACACUUUUAUCUAAAUUCAUAUUCAAUGACAAUUUGGUAUAAAAGCAUAAUUCCUCCACUUCGUAAUAAUGUUAAGAGCAUAAAGGUUGACUGAUAGAUGGGUAUACAUUCAAACUGAAUAAAAAAUGAGUCGGAAUGCCUGGGUUAUGCCGAUGCAGCGAACAUGUAAUGCUUAUUGGUAUCAGUUACGGUUAUUACUUCAAUUCGAUGGCAGGUGAACGAUGGAAGAGCGAUAUCGCAUACGCGAUGACUCCCUUUAAAUUCUUGACAUGGCCUAUCGGUAUUUGGCCACUGCAAGUUUAUAACAUUUAUUCGCUCAUACGGUGCGGUUUGGCCACUUGUUGCAUGAGCAUAAUAGUGAUCUUGCCUUCCAUGGAGUUUUACUUGGGCUGUACUGAUGCAGAACAAAAUAUAGACAGCCUCAUGUUGAUUUGUUGCGGAAUUCUCGGUGUGCUAAAAACAAUAUGGUUUCGCAUUUAUGCGGAUAAUUUAACUAUCAAUUACGGUUCAGCUGUCAAUGAUUAUGUGACAAUUGUAAAUGUAAAACAUCGUUCCAUCAUGCGAAGACACGCCUUCAUGGGAAGAAUUCUCUCCUGUUUCAUGGUUUGCUUCUCUUACGUUGCUGUGCUUAUAUAUUCAUUUAUCCCUCUUCUGGGUGAUGAACAAGAUAAUGUAGUCAACGAAACAAACGAGGAGGCUGUACUAGAGUAUCCGAUACCAUCAAGAUGUGCUUUACAGUACCUGAAUGCGCCAAUGAGCAUGUAUCAAAUUUACUGUUUCAUCGAAUUCAUAGUGUUACUAAUUACAUGCACCUGUAAUCAUGGUAAUGACUCUUUAUUUCUCAACAUUACAUUACAUGUUUGCGGCCAAGUGAAAAUUCUAAAGGCCAAUUUUAUGGAUUUUACUGUAACAAAUUUGCAAGUGUAUGAUCAUUUCAACGCACUAAUUCAAAGGCAUAAUUAUCUAAUACAAUUAGCCAAGAAACUUGCCGAUACAAUAAGUUUCAUUUUGAUAACGCAGUUAUUUAUCAGCAGUAUACUUUUAUGUAUAAUGGGCUUUCAAUUUAUCUUAGCAUUAAAACUCAAUGAUGCUGUUGUUAUGGGAAAGAGUCUUACUGUACUAUGUACAUUUUUGACACAACUAUCGGUGUACAGCUACGUUGGGGAUUAUUUAAAAUCUCAGAUGGAAGAAGUUGGACUUUUCAGUUAUCAAAAUACGUGGUAUAAUCUUCCCGAAAAGAUAAUGAAAAAUUUAAUUUUUAUCAUUAUGCGAGCACAUUAUCCCGUAAAAUUACAAGCAGGAAGUUUUAUUGUAGUAAACUUAGCAACUUAUAUGAGUAUUCUGAGAACUUCUAUCUCGUAUCUGUCUGUGCUCCGUAUAAUGGUAGAAACUAUGGAAUUUGCAAAAGAACUUCCACUGGUAACAACCGGACAAAAUAGUUUCGCAUGUAAAGUCAUCCGGGCGGUUCACGUAACCGCCAUAAUGUUGGAUGAUCAUUGGAACGAUGAUGUUGCAUAUGUCUUUUCCAUGCAUAGAACACUUAUGCAAGUACUCGGUAUAUGGCCAUUACAGAAAAAAACAGUGUUCCAAAUGAUGCAGUGUAGUUUAACGAAUCUUCUACAGUGGGCAUCGUUCAUCUUCUUGUUUAUGGAAUUCUCUGGAAAUUAUCGUGGCGCUGGCGCAAGCAUAGAAACUAUAUUAUUCUUCACGUGCCUAAUGUCUACGGCUUUCAAAUGUUUUUGCGUCGUUUUAAAUCGGGAAAAAUUAGCCAGAAAUAUUAAUGCUGCUAUUGGCGAUUGGUUUCUGGCGAAGAAUGAUGAGGAAACAUAUAAGAUUAUGAAAAAACAUGCAUUUACAUCCAAACUGUGCACUUCGGUUAUAGUUUACUUAACUUAUAUCUGUACUGCGAGUUACAUAUCUGUCGUCAUAUUAAUGAAUGUAAAGCAAAUGUUUUUACAAGACGUUAACGUAUCAAAUGGUAGUGAUAGCAAUACAAGUAAUUGGAUAUUUCUGAUCCCGUCUGGUAUGUUGAGUAGCAAACUUACUACCUUACAAUACACGAUACUUUAUAUUCUUCAAAAUCUUCAAAUAAUUGUGGUAUGUGUGACACAAUGUAUUACGGACAGUUUAUAUAUCAGCAUCGUAUUACAUCUUACUGGCCAACUCAAAAUACUUAAAAUGAAAUUCAAAGCUUUUGCAAGCAAGCCAGACACCGAGAUAAAUUAUCGAAAACAACUGAUCAGCUUGAUCAACAGACACUGUAAAUUAACGGAACUUAAUCAAAAUAUAGAAGAUACGUUCCAUCUAGUUAUAUUGCUUCAACUCACCAUAGCAACACUUCUGCUCGCACUAAUAGGAUUACGUACAAUUCUUUGCCUGAAAAACAAUGAUUAUGUUGAAUUAACGAAAACUAUUAUAACAUUGAACUAUGUGUUCAUGGAGGCGUUGGUAUAUUCUUACGGCGGUGAUUUUGUACAAAGGGGAAGUGAAGAUAUAUUUCAUGCGAUAUUCACAGCUUCCUGGUAUACGCUUCCUGCUACAUUGAUGAAGGAUAUACACUUUGUAAUGAUGAGGUCUAGCUAUCCAUUUCAUCUUACUGGUGGAAAAUUUUUCAACGUUAAUCGUGAGACGAUGGUGUACGUUCUUAAGACAGCAGCCUCGUAUGUCUCAGUUUUGCGAAUAGCAUUGAAAGAUUAACACGGAGCAAUAUUUGUACGUGUCAAUAAUUCAAUAAUUGUAUGUACUUACAUAACAAGAAUGGCAAUUGAUGGCAAAAUAUAAAAUUGUUAAUGUUAUAUAAAACAUAGAAAUAUAAUUAAGUAUUAAUUA